GUUUAAUAUACUAUAAUCAUCAAUUUAAGUAAAUUAUUUUUAAUAUUUGUACACUUUAAUCUCAAUCUUCUAUAGUAUACCAUAUCAUAUGUACAUGUUUGUAUUAUUUUUUAUUGAUAUAUAUUAUGAAUGACCCUAAUCAGUAUGCCCAGGCUGUUCAAAACCAGGGGUAUUUAAUUAGUGGUCCACGUAAUUCAAGGCAUCAUGUAAAUUCAGCUACACAUAACGUUAGUGAUAUGAAAAAUAAUCAUAUGACUAAUAUGGGCCACAGUCCAAUCCAAAUAGUGCCUACACAAAUUUCUCAAAGACAGCAAACGCUAUAUUUGCAAAGCAAUGUGGCUUACCAAGGAACCAGUAAUCCAGCUUAUUAUCAAUUUCCUCCACAGCAGGCUUCACAGACAGCCUUAUUAAUGCCAUAUGUAAACUACUCUUCUGCCAGUCAACAAG